GAUCCGUGGCGGGCGGCAAAGAUGAUCAAGGGGUACAUGCAGCAGCACAACAUCCCGCAGCGGGAGGUGGUGGAUGUCACUGGCCUCAACCAGUCACACCUCUCCCAGCACCUCAACAAGGGCACCCCCAUGAAGACGCAGAAGAGAGCCGCCCUCUACACGUGGUACGUCCGCAAGCAGCGGGAGAUCCUCCGGCAGUUCAACCAGACAGUCCAGGGUUGUGGAAAUAUGACAGACAAAAGCAGUCAGGAUCAGCUGCUGUUUCUCUUUCCAGAGUUCAAUCAGCAGAACCAAGGGGCGGCCCAGCUCGAUGAUGCUUGCUCGGAAACCCCCAGCAAGAAGAUGCGGCGCAAUCGGUUCAAGUGGGGGCCAGCCUCCCAGCAAAUCUUGUACCAAGCCUACGACCGCCAAAAGAACCCCAGCAAGGAGGAGCGCGAGGCUCUGGUAGAGGAGUGCAACAGGGCCGAGUGUCUUCAGCGAGGGGUGUCUCCCUCCAAGGCUCACGGGCUCGGCUCCAACCUGGUGACGGAGGUCCGCGUCUACAACUGGUUCGCCAACCGGCGGAAGGAGGAGGCUUUCCGCCAGAAGCUGGCCAUGGACGCCUACAGCUCGGGCCAGCCCCCGCACAGCAUGAACCUGCUGCUGUCCCACGGCUCCCCCCACCACAACCAGCCCAGCGCCUCUCCUCCCAGCAAGAUGCCAGGGGUCCGGUACAGCCAGGCGGCAAGCGGUGAGGCAGCAUCGUCCGGGGCCAUCAGCCACCACGGCACCGGUGCCAUGGUCACCACCAGCCAGGCAGUUCUGCAGCAAGUCUCCCCGGCCGGUUUGGACCCGGGCCACGGUUUGCUCUCGCCCGACGGUAAAAUGCAGAUCUCUGUUUCGGGGGGCGGGCUGCCCCCGGUGAGCACCCUGACCAACAUCCACAGCUUGUCCCACCACAACCCGCAGCAGUCCCAGAACCUCAUCAUGACGCCGCUCUCUGGAGUCAUGGCCAUUGCACAGAGUCUGAACACCUCGCAGGCGCAGAGUGUACCUGUUAUCAACAGCGUUGCCGGCAGCUUGGCAGCUCUACAGCCAGUCCAGUUCUCCCAGCAGCUCCACAGCCCGCACCAGCAGCCGCUGAUGCAGCAGUCGCCCAGCCAUAUGACACAGCAGCCUUUUAUGGCCACCGUGACUCAGCUGCAGAACUCGCACAUGUACUCGCACAAACAGGAGCCUCCCCAGUAUUCCCACACCUCCCGCUUCCCCUCGGCGAUGGUGGUGACGGAUACCAGCAGCAUCAGCACGCUGACCAAUAUGUCUUCCAGUAAGCAGUGUCCCCUGCAAGCCUGGUGAUGCUCCACACCUCACUGCUUUUGCACAUAGCAACGGGAUCUGAUUUUCCACAACAUCCCACCGGUGGCCCGCACGCCGAGCCCGGGGAGUUGCCAGAGCGAAGCCCAG